UUUCUCCGGCUCUUCCAGUUACCCAGCAGUAUGUGACUUCCUGAUGAACAAUAACCUGUUGUCUGUAAUACGAGCACAUGAAGCUCAGGAUGCAGGGUAUCGAAUGUACAGGAAAAGUCAGACGACAGGCUUUCCUUCUUUAAUCACCAUCUUCUCUGCUCCCAACUACCUGGACGUGUACAACAACAAAGCGGCGGUGCUGAAAUACGAGAAUAACGUGAUGAACAUCCGGCAGUUUAACUGCUCCCCCCACCCGUACUGGCUGCCCAACUUCAUGGACGUCUUCACCUGGUCUCUGCCCUUCGUCGGAGAGAAAGGUGUUCUGUGUGUGUGUGUGUGUGUGUGUGUGU